AUGUCCAUUAAUUGCUUUGAAAGUGAUCAUGAUAAAUUUGAACUGUAUUCUAAACUGAACAGGUUUCAAAACGUGUUACCUCAAGAAAUAAACAAGAGAUCAGAAAAGUAUCUAACACAUGAAGAACUUACAAAGCUUAUGGAGUGGAAGUUAACACGUGGGAAGUUCAGACCCCGCCUGACUCAGCUUGUACAGACAAACACCAGUGAAACUGUCAAGGAGGUGACAUGCAAUGCCUUCAAGUGUUUACCUGAUGUGAAAUUAGCCAUUACAGAACUAACAACAUUGAAAGCUGUUGGACCAGGAACAGCUUCAGCAAUCUUGUGUGCUGGUUGUCAUCAAGUACCAUUCAUGGCAGAUGAAGCAAUUCAAGCCAUACCAGGCUUUGGAAAGAUUGAUUACACACUCAAGUUCUAUCUUCAAUAUCUUGACAAAAUAAGAAGUUGUCUGAAAAAGCUAUUAAAUAAGGGACAAAAGUUUGCUCCUGAACUGUUCAAUAACAAAACUUUGAUGAAAAGAAAAAGGGCCACUACUGAUGAUGAAAGUCAGGAGACACCAAAGAAAACAAAGGUCAAAGAAAAAGUGCCUGAACAUUCAACUGCAAUAUAAAGGAUGAAGUCUUUUUUUCACACUGUAAAGUUUUUGUUGAAGACAAGGCACCUUUCUCAUCUUGUAAUAAACUUUAUCGUGUUCCAUGGAACAUGCAAUAAAAUAGGUGUAUAACAAGCUGCCAAAAACCGAGCAACCAAGCAUAGUUUCUUUGAGUGUUUUGAGAUUUUCUUCUUCAAUUGUUACAUUCUUCCAUCACCUAUCUCAUCCAUCCCAAGACGUCUCAAAGAUGUAAUUUAAAAUAAAAAGCAUCUCUAUCAUUUAUUAGUGCCAAAGUGUGGAAUUCCUUACCGGAUGAAUUACACUCAAUGACAAUUCUUAAGGAAUUAAGAAUGCUGUAAGAGAGCUACACUUGUAAUGUACAGUCUGUGAAGAUCUUCUAUUUUAUAAGAAGUGAAUUUUGCAAAUUUGCUGUUUCCACUUUUUGAAAAUUAGCUCAGUAUUGGGUCAUCAAAAUAUACUAAAAUCCUGUGUCUGGAUGA